GACAAUAGGAUUGUUGCCAAAGCAUAGGAUUGGGCCGGUUGAUUGAAAUCCAUGUUUGUUGCAAUGAGAGAGAGAGAGCCUGCCUUGUUGAUAACGCCCUCACAAUGCAUUCCCUUAUUUAACACCCUUCCCCCCCACCUCUCCAAAGGUCGGGCAACCAUCAAACACUUCACUUUCAGCUCAAACCAUGGCGCCCAGCCUCUGUUUUCAACCAUGUGACCGAGUGGAGCACCUCUCAGUCCCCAACCUCAUUCUCCUUGGCCUCACUUGGCCCUUCCACCCAUUUCCCCACACCCCACUUUCCGGCCAUGAAGACAAACAAGGCCCAUUGUCCGGUCUGGAAUUCCAAUUUUCCGGCAAGAAGGAAGACCCCUUUUCCGGUCUCGAAAACCCCUUUGCCCUUGGGAAAGAGAGCCUGGUCCCCGGUAACAAAGAAAACCAAUUCGCCGGUGACGAAAGCAAGUUGUCGAUCACAUUCCCCGGCGAUGAAAGCCCAUUCACUAGCAAGGGAGGUCAAUUUUUCGGGGACGAAAGCCAGGAAAACCGACUGAACAAGCGACUGUUUUCUGAUGCAGAAAGUCCAUUUUCCGGCAAGGGAAACUGGUUUUCUGGCAGGAAGAGGCCAAGGGCCGAUCAACUCGGCUUCCGUGACCACGUGUUGACAUACAAAGAGCAAUUUGCCGAAGCUGAGUCCCUCCUCAUCCAAGACAGUAGUGGAGGAGCCCCAGAGGCCGAGGACACUGGCGGAGGCGGCGUUCGCCUCGUACAACUUCUCAUGGCGUGUGCCGAGGCUGUGGCUUGUCGGGAUCAAAAACAAGCUCGAACACUCUUAUUCGAACUCCAUGCUGAGGCCUCGCCCUUUGGCGCCCCGUUCCAGCGUGUGGCUGCCUGCUUUGCGGCUGGGCUCUCUGCUCGUUUGGCAACACUUGCUUCUGCACCAGGGCCGCUGAUGCUAGGCCAGCCAAGCAUGGAGGAGCGGAGCGAGGCGCUGAGGCUUGCGUACGAGGCGUGCCCGUUCAUCAAGUUUGGACACUUCGUCGCGAAUGCUGCCGUACUGGAAGCCUUUGAGGGAGAAAACUCUGUCCACGUCGUGGACCUUGGCAUGACUGCCUGCCUACCGCAUGCGCCGCAGUGGCGCUCGCUUUUGCGAGCCCUUGCGGCGCGACCCGGGGGCCUGCCGCGCUGCAUGCGACUCACCGCGGUGGGACCACGCGCAGCACCAUUGAAUGCCAUUGGUGCAGAGCUUUGCGCCUUUGCGCAGAGCCUAGGGAUUGAUCUCCAAUUUGCUGCUGUGGAGACCACCCUCGAAAGCCUAAAACCAGAGGACCUCGCCCCUGAGCCCGGUGAGGCACUUGCGGUGUGCUGCGUGCUCGAACUGCACCGUGCUGUGAAGGAGAGCCGUGGAGCCCUCCACUCUGCGCUCCGUGGGGUGCACCGCCUUGCACCCCGCGUACUCACGGUCGUCGAGCAAGAUUCCGGCCACAACGGCCCCUUCUUCCUCGGCCGUUUCACUGAGGCCCUCCACUACUACUCCUCAAUCUUUGACGCCCUCGACGCCAGCCUCCCCCGAGGGGACACUGGGCGCAUGCGGGUUGAGCAACACCACUUUGGCGAAGAAAUCAAGAACAUUGUCGCGUGCGAGGGGGCAGAUCGCGUCGAGCGGCACGAGCGUGCAGACCAGUGGCGCCGCAGGAUGAGCCGAGCAGGAUUCCAGUCCGCACCAAUCCGGCUCGUGGGACAGGCUCGGAGGUGGCUGGCCGACACUUGGACAGGCGAGGGAUACACCGUGGUGGACGAGAAGGGGUGCCUCGUGCUCGGAUGGAAGUCGCGGCCCAUCGUGGUGGCCUCAUGCUGGAAGUGCGCUCAGUGAGGGGCACCGUGUGUGCCUCACAAGCAACGCCUGGCGCUUAGGUGCACCAUGCGCCUUAGUGUUGCUAGGCGCCUCUUGGAAUGAAAUAAAGGUUGUUGCUCUUUGAUUUGGGGCCAUGACCCUGAGAGCGCACAGAAUAAAGAGAGGCAGUUAUUAAAGAGCUUGGGGCGCCGUGCGUUCUAGCACUCGGUCUUUGAACAUUGAGACUUGCACUGUUGCAAAGUGGAUCGGGAACGGGGGCUUGGAUGGAACAGUCGCAUGAAACAUGAGUAACAAACAAAGCCACGAGUACGAGUGAGAA